GAGAAGUGAGUCAGUGACUGACUCCUCCAGCAAAAAAAAAACCCGCUUCAACUCCAGCACCCCGGCACUCUGCAAUCUCACAGAUGCAGCAGAGCACAGCGACAGGAGCCUGCGAGCAGUAGGGGAACUAGCUGCUUCUCCAAUCGCAGCAUCAUCUCGCAGUGUGCGUGUGUGUAUAUAUAUUACAUACAAACAUAUACAUUGCAUGUAAUACUUUCACUUGGUCUGUAAAGCAAGGACGAGAACGUGAAUGUGCAGCAUCUAGACAGACAGGUAAUGCUCAAAUUGCAAUUGACUGUUUGAAAUUCGGGCGAAAAAGCUCAGUGGGGUUUGGAGGAGUUUCAUUGAUGGUUUUCAAGGUGCUCGGCGUCAGUUGUUGCGGAAGGUUGCUAGUUGAGUGUCCUUUGCCAUCGUCACAGAAUUUCCUAAUGUAAUAGCCAACAACAUGAAUGAGAAUAUUUCGGAGAACUCCACCGAGGAGCAGCCGGGCUGGUUCAAAUCCAGCGAGGACAGUUCAUCCCUGGAUUUGGUCUUGGCGGUGCAGCAGCCUUCACUCAACCCCUGGGACGUUGUGCUCUGUGUUUCUGGGACCAUCAUCGCCUGUGAAAAUGCCAUUGUCGUCGCGAUCAUCUUCUACACGCCAGCUUUAAGAACGCCUAUGUUUUUACUGAUAGGGAGUCUGGCCACGGCUGACCUGUUGGCGGGGCUGGGGCUGAUUGUCCACUUCGUGUUCCUCUACUGCAUUCGAUCUGAAGUCGUCGGUCUGGUCACAGUCGGACUCCUGGUUGCAUCGUUCACCGCUUCAGUAAGCAGCUUGUUAACCAUAACAGUCGACCGUUACCUCUCACUGUACAACGCACUGACUUAUUAUUCGGAAAGGACUGUCACCCGGACCUACAUCAUGCUGAUCCUAACCUGGGCUGUCUCCAUCUGCUUAGGAUUGCUCCCCGUCCUGGGCUGGAACUGCCUCAAAGACAUUUCCAUGUGCAGCAUUGUGAAACCGCUCACCAAGAACAAUCUGAUCAUCCUGUCCAUAUCAUUUUUCAUGGUCUUUGGAAUGAUGCUGCAGUUGUACAUGCAGAUCUGUAAGAUCGUCUGUCGGCAUGCACACCAGAUUGCACUACAGCGUCAUUUCCUCGCAACUUCUCAUUAUGUGACAACCAGGAAAGGGAUCUCCACACUUGCAGUGAUCCUCGGAGCCUUUGCAAUCUGUUGGUUACCGUUUGCAAUAUAUUGUCUGAUGGGAGAUUACACCUACCCGUCUUUAUACACUUACAUUACCUUCUUACCAGCCAUCUACAACUCCAUGAUAAACCCAGUCAUAUACGCUUACCGGAACCAAGAUAUCCAGAAAGUUCUAUGGACAGUGUGCUGCAGUUGCUUUUCCAAGAAACUUUCGUUUCGGUCCAGGUCUCCGAGUGACGUCUAGUUCCUUAGAACCCACUCACUGGAGAAUCAAUUGAGUCGUACUGUGCCUGUCUGUUUUAUCAGCGCUGAAGACUGUGAAACGUCCAAAACUCCUCCAGUCAAACCAUUGCACUAAAGCCAAAUCAAAAUCGGGAAACAAGUGAUAUUCGGGCUGCAAAGAAGCGGUACUGUUCGUGGGAUCAGUGCAGAGGGGAACACAGGGACCAAGAAAUGAAAGACUAUGUGUACUGUACUUGGAUUUGCACAAUUGUUAAAACAAAUUAAAACAAAAACUGUAUAAAAUGUACACGGCACUUUGAAAUUCAAUCCUUACUGUAACAUUGCACAGAGAUUAUUUUAAACAAUUUGUCGUUUGUGAUUUUUUUGGUUCUUUGUUUGAGAUUUUGGAUGUAUUCUUGUUUACAAUCAUCAAUAAAAAGGUCAUAAUUUGUGAUAGAAA